UGCCAUUUCAUCAGUAAACAUCCUGCGGAUUUGAACGCGCGGUUUGGGCGGCAGGAAGAGGCGCGGCCGCCAUUUUGUUUGUUUGAGUGGAUCUGGCAGCCUCGGAGAGCAGGCAGGAGGGAGGCCAGCGGCGGGGGCGCCCUGAAGAGGGACCGACAGACGGUGCCAGCGCUUGGCGGUCAAUUCCUUGAUUUGCAGAAUAAAGUGGAGAAAUGUUCUACGCACAUUUUGUUCUAAGCAAGCGAGGGCCGCUAGCCAAAAUUUGGCUAGCGGCCCACUGGGACAAGAAGCUGACCAAAGCUCAUGUGUUUGAAUGCAACCUGGAAAGCAGUGUGGAGAGUAUUAUUUCACCAAAGGUAAAGAUGGCGCUUCGAACCUCCGGACAUCUUCUCCUGGGUGUUGUAAGAAUCUACCACAGGAAAGCAAAGUAUCUCCUUGCUGACUGUAAUGAAGCUUUCAUCAAAAUUAAGAUGGCUUUUCGCCCUGGUGUUGUGGAUUUACCGGAGGAAAAUAGAGAAGCUGCUUACAACGCCAUUACACUUCCAGAGGAGUUCCAUGACUUUGACCAGCCUCUGCCAGAUCUAGAUGAUAUUGAUGUGGCUCAGCAGUUCAGUCUGAAUCAGAGCAGAGUAGAGGAGAUCACAAUGAGGGAAGAAGUUGGUAACAUCAACAUACUUCAGGAUAAUGACUUUGGUGAUUUUGGAAUGGAUGAUCGUGAGAUGAUGCGAGAGGACAGCGCAUUUGAGGAUGAUAUGUUGGUGAGCACAAGCACUUCAAACCUCUUGUUAGAGCCGGAGCAAGGCACCAGUCAACUAAAUGAGAAGACUAACCACCUGGAAUACGAUGACCAGUACAAAGAUGACAAUUUUGGCGAAGUGGCCGAUGGUGGAAUUUUAGAUGACAAACUUUUGAGCAAUGACGGUGGAGGCAUCUUUGAUGAUCCACCUGCUAUUCCUGAAGAGGGUGUUGCUAUGCCCGAGCAGCCUGCCCACGAUGAUGACUUGGAUGAUGAUGAUGAUAAUGUUUCUAGUGGCUAUAUUCCCUUGGGAGGACCAGAUAGCCCAGAUUCUGUAGACCCAGUGGAACCCCUGCCAACCAUGACAGACCAGACUACAUUGGUUCCUAAUGAAGAGGAAGCAUUUGCCCUGGAACCAAUUGACAUCACAGUCAAGGAAACCAAGGCCAAGAGGAAAAGGAAGCUGAUUGUGGAUAGUGUAAAAGAGCUGGACAGCAAAACCAUUCGUGCCCAACUAAGUGACUACUCUGACAUUGUCACCACACUGGACCUUGCUCCACCUACAAAAAAAUUAAUGAUGUGGAAGGAGACUGGUGGUGUUGAAAAGCUCUUUUCCUUGCCUGCUCAGCCAUUGUGGAAUAUCAGGCUACUGAAGCUUUUCACACGUUGCCUUACACCUCUUGUACCGGAUGAACUUCGAAAGAGGAGGAAAGGUGGUGAAGCUGAUAAUCUGGAUGAAUUCCUUAAAGAAUUUGAGAAUCCUGAAGUUCCAAGAGAGGAGAUAAGACAACAGGAUGUCAUUGACCAGCCUAUUUUGGAAGAAGCUAGUCGUCUUCAGGAGUCUUUGAUGGAGGGAAGUAGAACUCAGCUUGAUGAGUCAGUAAUGCCACCACCACAGCCACAGCAGGGAGUGAAACGCGAUUCCCAGCAAAUGGAACCAGAGCCUAUUGUGCCGGAACCAGAGCCGCAGAUAGAAUUGCCACCAGUGGAGCUUCCUCCAGAGGAGCCACAAAACAUCGGAGACAUGAUCCCUGACCUCAUACCCGAGAAGGAAAAGGAUAAAGACAAAGAGGAGGAGGAAGAGGAGGAGGAGGAAGAUGCCACAGGGACUGAGCAGGAUCAGGAGGAGAGACGAUGGAAUAAGAGGACUCAGCAGAUGCUGCACGGGCUCCAGAGAGUUCUGGCUAAAACUGGUGCAGAAUCAAUUAGUCUGCUAGAACUGUGCAGGAAUACAAACCGCAAACAAGCUGCAGCAAAGUUUUACAGUUUCCUUGUCCUUAAAAAGCAGCAAGCUAUCGAGCUGACUCAAGAGGAGCCUUACAGUGACAUCAUAGCCACUCCAGGACCAAGAUUUCAUGUUGUGUAACUUGAUCGUCUUGAGCACAUUACAUCUGAAUAUCCCCAUGAACCUUUUAUAUAUGCUGGAGCCAGGUGCAUAGCAUGGCAGAGCACUGUAGUAAAAGCUUCUCCAACACCCUAUGGUUAAAACCAUUUGUUGGUAAUAUUGCUAAUGGUCUUAUUUUAAUAUGUACAAAGUUUUUUGUUUUAGUUUUUUCUCUCAAGUGUGACAUCUAUAUUUUUAUGGGAUAUAAAUGUGGUAUGGGUAUAUUUUUAUUUUCUUCAGUCUCCUCCAGAUUUUGCCCAUAAAUGCUUUUUGAGACGAAACUUGGUAACCUUAGGGACAGUUGCGCGCAGUAUUGGUAUUUCUAGAACCAAUGUUCAUGUAACGGAAGCUUGUCCACAUCCUGGUUGAACCAGCUGCAGGACAACAGUUUGUAUCCUGUGGGAUCCAGGUUUUCUUUGCUAUUUUCGUAGGGAAAUCUAUUUAGAUGAACAGGUUUUACUUAAUGCCUCCUAAAUAUUUUUCCAGUUGGAUUGCAUUUUUAUACUGUAUACAUUUUAAUGUGCUUUAUUUUUAUUUUAUUUUAAUUGCAAAGUAACACUUUUGAAAAGUAGUUUUAAAUCUUUAAAUAUACAUCCACUGUUCCAGAAAACGCUCUUGGGCAAGUGGAAUACAUAGUAAAGAUUACUUCUCAAAACACAUUUCAGAAGUUCUAUGCCAGUGCUCUAAAAAAAAAAAAAAAAGUAACUGUAAAGUGAAGUUUUAAUUUACUUUUUUAUGUAAAGUUUCUUUAUGAAACCCUCUCAGCAUUUUUUUUUUCUCUUUGCUGUUUUCUAGAUCUCUGUAUAUCUGUUACAAUCAUUUCCUGCAAUUUUUGUUUGUCUCAUUAAAAGCUUCUAUAAGCAAAGCAUAAAGGCUAAAGUCUUUGAGGUUAGUUUGGCAAUGUUAUAUCACUUCCCUCUCAAGAAUCAUCAUACUCCCUUGGUGGAAGUUCUGUUGUGUUCGUUCGUGCGUGAACCUUUUACAUUGUUUAACCUUCCCUUCAAGCUUUUUUCAUACUCUUAUUUGCUAGCAUACUCUGCCUCAGUAUUCACUGCAAUGGAGAAUUCGGGGGUUUCCUAGAUUGCCGAAAAAUGUGUUGUCUCGUGUUCACAAUACCUCACGUCCUGAAGCUAUGUCUUUGUAAGUCUGCUGUUUGCUCUGAGCACUUCAGAUCAGCAAACACACUGCUUCUUGCACACAGCUUGUUGGUUUAUUUUUCUGCGGCAAUGCAUGUUGGUUUUAUGUAUGAAACUCAGUAUUUGUAAACCACUGAUUUGUUUCCUUGGCUUGUUUUUUAUAACCUGAUAGAAAGGGACAUUUACAAUGCUGAGAACAUUUAAAGGUAUAGCUUGUAUGAGUGUCACCCAUCUUUGUUUUUGGGAAAACUAAUUGUACAGUAGAUGCAGUAUUUCUUCUUUGGAGCUGCAAAUACUAAAAGUAAGCUUUAUUCUUCUAAGAAUUUCAUCAGAAGGGAUAUUUUUCAUUAAAUGAAAUGCUGUGGCAUUUCAUUUAAGUCCUGGCAUAUGAUUACAAACUGCACAAACUGAAUCUCUUGUUUAGAACUCAAAUAAGCAUGGCUGUAAAAUGCAUGCCUGCAGUCGCAAGUGUUGUGUCUUUAAUACAUGGGUGAGCCCAGCUAAAUAAAAUGGCUGAGCUGCAAGUUAAUUCAAGUUAACUCUGCUCCAGUCUCCCCUAAAAGAACAGUGACCGUGUACGCAACAGAUUUGUUUAGUGAAAUAAUUUAUUUCUAAUGUUUCACGUUAGUAGCCAUAUGUGGUGGGCGCAAACCAAAUAUUUGCAAUACCAUUAAUGUUAUAAAGGUUAUCUCCUGUGAAGACUUUAAAAACAAUUGUUCCCCUCACUGAUGUUCAUCAUGUUGUAAAUCUUCAUCAGUGCCUUUAAAAGAAUUAGCAGAAUACACUUAUCUGAAACAAUAGUGUUGUGAAAAGCUGCACAUCUUUUUUGUUAUGCUUUGCCAAUAUUUACUUUAGUACACACACUGUCGGUAACGAGAGAAAAAAACCUGUCUCCGGAUUAAAUCUAUUUUACAUUUUCCAAAACUGCUCAUUGACAUCAGUUUUCAAAAAUGUAGCGAACUCGAACCCAGUUCUUUUUACUUUUCCUCUGCUUAGAGAAGCAACAGCUGGUAUAUCUCAAGCUGUUUUUCAUAAAAGGUAAGCCUGCAUUUAGCUGAUAUAGAAAGCAUAUUUUGUAACACAAUUGUGUUGUGAUCGUAUCAAACAUGGUGCUAGAAUGUGAUCACGGAAUAGGGUCUUGUUUUCUAGAAUAGUGGCCACAGUCCUGUAGUGCUUGUUCUGUUCUCUUAAGAUUUUUAUGAUUAUUGUCCCCAGAAAUUUUAAUCAUGGGUGGAACAUUUUAAAUAACUUUAAGCAUAAAGAUUUAUUUUUAUGAACCAUGUAUUUUGUAACAUGGGCUUUGAAAAAUUGGUACAACGCAGGUUUCCUGCACGCCAUUUUGUUCCUGCUUAUCGCACUUUGGUAGAUGUUUGCGUUACAUAAUGGUUGGAAUCAUUCUCUCCAGCCAACAAUUACAAUGCAUAAGAUUAUUUAAAGGAACACUAUAGUGUUAGGAUUGCAAACAUAUUCCUAACUAUAUUGUGGAGUACCUAUUUAGGUCCCCCCACCAGUAGGAAGAUGCUGUGGCUUGACGAUCUCUUUCAAUCCAGUGCUUUCCCAUUGGAAAGCAUUGGGAAGCUAUUGCGCAUGAACAACAAAACACUGCGCUGCGCCAAAUCCGUAUUGUUUUAUAGAGAUGCAUUAGAUCAAUGCAUCUCUAUGAGGAACGUUCAGUGUCUCCAUGUACAGCUUGCAACUGGCCAGUAAUGUAAAACACUGCCUUUUUAUUGCAGGGACAUUUUAAAGACUCAAGAACAACUACAAUAAGCUGUAGUGGUUCUUGUGACUGUAGUGUCCCUUUAACAUACUGUUUUUUUGGAUUUCUGAUACUGCACGCUACUGUUCUUAAACCCUAAAAAUGUUUUAUUUUCAUAUACACAUCUUCCCACUCACUAGUCUAAUGAUGGCACUUUCAUGAACCAUGUACAGUGAAUUUUUUUUUUUUUUUUUUCCCCAACGCUAUUACAGUGUAGUUCACUAGACAGAACAACCUAUUGCAUGAUUUUAAAAUGGCUGAAAACGAGCUGUGGUUUUGCUCUUUAUCCUGAUGACGAUCAUUCUCUUGUUUUAUUCUGAGACUUGUUUAAUCCAGUAAAACAAACUACUUGGUUAUUAUGCCAAACAUUUUAUUUAUCGUUCCAAUUGUGGAUACAAAAAAGAAAAAAUUGUUUUUAAUCCUGAAAAUGUAAAAAAAUAA